CCAUCUUAUAGGAUAUCUUAUAGGAGUCAUGAUAUUUUCAAGAAACUUCAAAUGUUCAGCAUCAAGAAUAAAGAAGGUACUUCGUACUUUCCAUCCAUCGCUAUCAAGGGUCCCCUGAUUGUAUGCCUUCCACGCUACUUUCACCUUUCUAAAUCGAAACAGUCGGGCAAUGGCUUCGUCUCCAGCUCACAACGUCGACACUAAGCGAAAAGAAAAGUUGUCUUCAUUAAAGGUUGCGAACAAUGAAGACACUGUUUCUGAACGUAUUCUUAGUGGGGACGAAGGGGGGGAGGAGGAGGAGGAAGAUAUCGUAAUUAACGAGAACGAUGUAGAUUUUGUUGCCACUCGACGUUCAUUAGAACGACGUCUCAGGCUCAAGGUCGACUUGCGACUAUGUACCAUUGCCGGCAUACUUUGUUCUCUGAAUCUGCUCGACUCCGGUGUGAUUAGUUCCGCAUCGGUCACUUCCAUGAUAUCGGACUUGGACCUCACCGGCAAUCGAUUUAGCGUCAGUAUCUUCAUCUUCACCAUAUCCAGUAUCGCCUUUCAACUGCCUUCGACACUGGCUGUGCGCACCUUCGGUCCACGCCUAUGGUUCUCCUUUAUCACCUUCUGUUUCGGCCUCAUUACCAUGUGCACCGCCUUCAUCCAAACAUGGCGGCAAAUGAUUGCGCUACGUGUGCUAUUAGGCAUAUCGAUGAGUGGCAUUUACCCGGGUUUAACGUACCUCAUCUCCACGUGGUACCCAAGAAAGGAACAACAAACGCGCUUCGCCUUCUUGCAGACGGGAGAGGUCGUCAUACUAGCGACGGGUAGUAUCGUCAAUUUCGGCCUCAAUAAGCUCGAUGGUAAAGGUGGCAUCGCUGGCUGGCGAUACAUGUUCCUGGUCCAGGGCAUAAUUGCGAUGGUCAUAGGAUUGGUAACCUACUUUUGGAUUGUGGACUUCCCCGAGGAGGCGCACCGAUCCUUUUGGUUCCUCACCCCGGAGGAACAGGAGCUUGCCGUGGCUCGGAUCAAUGCCGACCGUAAGGAUGUUGAGCCGGACACGUUUUCUUGGGGCAAAGUGUUUGUGCAUGCACGGGACCCGAAAGUGUACGGCUUCGCUUGCAUGUUUUUCCUUCUGAACCUAGUGUCGACUGCGCUAUCGUACUUCUUACCCAUCAUCCUACAAGGCGGCAUGGGUUUUGACGACAACCAGGCGAUACUGCUAUCCGCGCCGCCUUAUUACUAUGCCGUGAUCCCGGUGCUCCUGUCCUCCAUCAUUGGCGACCGCUUUCAACUUCGCGGACCGGUCAUUACGUUCAAUUGCGUGACCCUCAUCGUCGGCUUCUGCAUGCUCGGCUUCUCCGAGCAAGUCACCGUGCGCUAUAUCGGCACGUACCUCGCGACGGGGGCUUAUGUGAGCAAUUGGGCCGCGCUAAGCACAUAUCAAGCAUCCAAUAUCGCCGGACAGUGGAAACGCGCCUUCACUGCUGCCGCCGUCACGGCUAUGAACGGUGCGGGCGGUAUUGCUGGGAGCUUCAUUGUCCGCUCUCAGGAGGCUCCCCACUACAUGACCGCUGUCUGGGUCUCCAUUGGGUCUCACAUCUUAAUUAUCGGUAUUGUGGUUGUCUUCUCCAUCCACUUCUUCCGCGCAAAUAAACGCGCUGCGGCGGGGGUGGCUAUCCUAGAGGGUGUGGAGGGUUUCAGGUAUACCUACUAAAUAGAACGAGUCUUCGGUUUAGGAUACAAGAAUGAUAGUAUUAAGCCGAGGUAUAUCUCUUGUCCAGUGAGAAGGAGGUUUGAACAGUUUAUCGAAGAAAGGGAUAUGGAUACCUCGCCCUUAACCCCACACAAUCAGAUCCUCAGAUCCCCAUCAGGCUUUAGAACCCGGCCAACCCCGCAUUCUAUCACGGUAAGUAACCUGAAGUGGCUAACAAAGCGGACACCUACAUAGUACAGCGGGUUUCCCCCGCAUUCCCACAACUUUGAACUUUAUCCAUGCCGUGCUAGUAGUGUAUCUACAGACUACAACUUACCUAGUACCUACCCCGUAUCUAGGGCAGGCAAUG